UUCUAUGUUAUCUUCCCAGGGCUGCCGCUUCCCUCCUCUGUCUAGUCACCAAUAAUGAUGGAAAAAGAGAACAAAUCCACCAACGAUAGCGGACGUAAACCGUCCGGUAGGGACCUCCAGUCGCUCCCGACGCGUCAAUACCUGGACCAGACCGUUAAUCCCAUCCUGCUGCAAGGCCUGAAAGCACUGGCCAAAGAACGACCCCAGGAUCCGGUGCAGUAUUUGGCCAAUUUCCUAAUGAAGAACAAAAGCCGCGUCGACGAGAGCAAUGGAGGCACAGAAGAGGGCUGAGAUUCGCACAGUAUGUCUGAAAAUUCCCUAUCAACGUUUGGAGCAUUCUUUGUAAGUGUUGUUUUAAACAUAGAAUUUACCUUUUGAAAUUAUAAUGAGUGUAUCACACAUUUGAUGAAAAAUAUAAAUAAUUUUGACGAA